AUGUGUACUAUAUCAGACGUUGGCAAAUCAUCAGAUGAGGAGGAGCUGUUUGGCGGAGACUAUAGCGAUUUGGACCCCGAUUAUCAGCAGCCGCCCACAUCUAAGAAGCGCAAAUGCUUACCAGUAGUUGAUACUUCAAGCGACUGGGAAUCAGAAGAUGAUUUACCUUUAGCGAAUUUUGUGCAAACAUUGAAAGAUAAUGCUAUACCAGGUGGUGAUAAACGUUACACUUGGAGCAAAACAGAUUUCCAACACAUCAGAUAUCCAAAAGAUGUCUUUUUUGCUGGAGUAGACGGAGAAUAUUCCCCUCUGGCUUAUUUCGAAAAAAUUUUUGACGAUGAUUUGUUUGAGCAUAUUGCACACCAAACGAAUAUUUACUCCACACUGACAACUGGGCGUUCUAUUGAUACCACAGCUAAUGAAAUAAGAUCGUUUGUAGGAAUUGGGUUGAUAAUGGGAGUAGUCCAAAUGCCAGCAAUCGAAGACUACUGGGCCAUAGAAACGGGAUAUAGUAUUAUUGCCGAUGUUAUGCCUGUAAAGCGCUUCAAGAAAUUGCGAAGACGCAUACACUUUCAGGACAACAAUACUGAUCCGCAAGGAGAUAGAUUAUUCAAAAUUCGCCCCCUUAUAGAAAAACUGCGACAAAAAUGUACAGCUAUCGAAGAGGAAGGUUUGUUUUCUAUAGAUGAAAUGAUGAUUGCUUACAAAGGCAAGAAAGCUGGAAGUCUGCGCCAAUAUAUGCCUAAAAAGCCAAAGAAGUGGGGGUUCAAGAUGUUCGUUCGAGCAGGCGUGUCAGGGAUUGUGCAAGACUUUCUCAUCUAUACCGGCUCUAGUACUUUUGACGAAAUUCUAUUUUCAAAGGAGGCACAACAAAUGGGACUUGGUGCAAAAGUGGUACUUGUCCUGUGCAGAACUAUUCAGAAGCCAGAAGAGUCUUUCGUCUAUUUUGAUAACUUCUUUUGUUCAUUGGAACUAAUUGAAUACUUGAAGAAAAAUAAAAAGUUGGCAAGUUUGGGAACCAUUAGAAGCAACAGACUUAGAGGAUGUCACUUGCUAAGUGACAAAGAACUUCUACGGAAGGGGAUAGGUAGCUUUGAUUACAGAGUAGACAAUUCCGUGGGACUAGCGGUGAUAAAAUGGGCAGACACUAAAUGUGUGACUCUGGCGAGUUCGUACAUUUCGCACAGUCCAGUGUUUGAAGUUAGCCGAUUUAGUAAAGAACAAAAGAAAAAGGUAAACGUUCAGUGCCCUCAAAUAGUCAAACAGUACAACAUUCAUAUGGGAGGCGUAGACUUAUCUGAUAUGCUGGUUUCACUGUACAUGACUCCCUUCAAAUCAAAGCGACGGUAUCUCGCUAUGUUUAGUCAGAUGAUUGAUAUAGCUGUCAAUAAUGCCUGGCUAUUGUAUCGGAGAGAUCUAGCCUCACAAGGCAAAAAAUAUAUUAAGCUCAAAGACUUCAGAAUAAACAUCGCAAAGUCUUUGAUUCAAUCUCGUAACGUACCCAGAAAAAGAACUUUUGCUGCAGCAAACUUGCUCCCUCAAAACAAAAUAAAAGUUCCCGUCGCUCCACGGCCUACUGAAGAUGUCCGGUUUGACAACGUUGGACACUUUCCAGUUUUCACUGAAAAAGGCCGCUGUAGGCUUUGCACAAAUGGACAAACAACAAUUUUAUGUCAAAAAUGUAAUUUGCGCUUAUGCAUCGUAUUAGGAGUUAAUCAGAGAAACUGCUUCACAAGUUACCAUUCCAAGUAA